AUGGAGUCUCACAAUCGCCUGGUGCUUGUCCGGCGACACCUCGAAAACCAGGGGUUAUUGGCAACGGCCGCGGAAUUGGCCAGCACGGCCUACAAAACGUCGACAAACCACAACUACCAGUCAUCCUGGAAGUACUUCAGUAUGUGGUGUACUGAACGGUGUCUCGAUCCGCUUUGCGCCACCGAUUUGGACGUGGUGACUUACCUCACCUUCCUCCAUCACAAUGGGAAAAGCGUCAAGGUUAUUGAAAGCGCGCGGUCCACAGUCACCAGCACCCUCACGCUCCUCUCACCAAACCGCUCCUUUCACCGCUUGUACCUCUCCCAGUCGAUCGUAAAGGCGAUGCAUCUUAGAACCGGCCCACGGAAGAAGGCCUACACAAAGAUAUGGUAUCUGGCGACUCUGUGGAAUUACGUCGCAUCCUCGGUGUUGGAUUGGAAUGAGCUGCAUGCAGUGAGUCAUCAAUUAGCCGUCAUCAUCAUGCUGUCUACCAAAUGCCGGCCGAGCCAUUUGGCAAACCUCCAUCACGACCGGUGUGAGGUGCGCCCCUCGCACCUAGAACUCAGAUUGUGCCGCCCCAAAGAAUGGCGAUAUCUACAUCCACAUGGGGAAGAGGUCUUUGAAGGACAUGACUACCGCGUUAUCACCAUCGCUCGCAUUCCUACUCGCAACCACGACAUCCGUGCGCUCUACCCUCGAAUGAUUGAGCUGCAAGGUACCCGCCAAGCGGGCCUCGAGGCAGUCUUCAUCAACAUGCUGAAGAGUUCCCCCAUGGCGCUGAAUACCAUAUCCAAACUCGUCGCCACCGCCCUGUGUGAUGCGGGAUUUGGUCCCAAAUACACGCCGAAAUCGAUCUCUCACGCCCUCACCACCGCUCAGCGCAACGGUAUCCACCGAGGCCAUCUGUGCCAGACGCUGGCUCCCCGGCUCCAUGGUCUUCAAAACGCCCUACACCAUCCGCAACGACAACAGAAAGGUGCCCUCUGAUGACGACGACAGCAGCGCUGAUUCAGCCAACGAAGCUUCUGUCGCAACCUACCUCAACACAGCAGCCGCAGCACUCAGUACAUUGACAAAUUAGCACAACCUUCGAACGGAAUCCAUUAUGCUCUGGACGAGGAAUGUAGUUCAUGAGUUCAAUGGAUGAGGAGAAGGUUGUGCUUACUAUCCCGCCCACCACCCGUAAGCACACCUUCUCUGUACUCGCCACACCGCGCUGCCAUUCCAAAACGAUGAUCGCUUGCAAUCCCCAACGAUGAUCACUAUUCAUCACUAUUUAUAGGGUUUCAUGGGUUCCCCUGGUGGUACCCCCACCGGAUAUGGC